AAACGUUCGACACCAAUAGAUUGAGUUCAAACGUAGCUGUCAUUCGUAAACAAUGACUUCUACAGAAUCACAAAAUAAUCCCGAAGAGCAACCACUAGACGAAAAGAAAGUUAUACAAAAUGAAUUUAAAAAGAGAACAUUCAUUGAAAAACUGCGCCACAUCAAAUCCAGCGUAACAGUUGAACCUAUCGUCGCAGGCCUAGUGAUACCUUCUAUGCUGGCAAGGCUGGCAGUACAAAAUCUAAAUCUAGACAAAGUGUGUCGGGUAAAACAGGCGUUUGGUGACGAAAUAUGUGAUGCCCUUCUAGUGAAAAAAGACAAUUUAAGCAGUUACGAAGCAGACGUCCAAAAAGUGAUAUCUUCUAUUGAAGCAUGGAAGAGCGUGAUACAAACUGCACUGCCCACCAUCCUAGUCAUCUUUAUGGGGGCUUGGAGUGACAAAACGGGGAAUAGAAAGCUAUGUAUUCUCUUACCGCUAUUUGGCGAGUUUCUAGUUUGUAUCAGCAAUAUAACUAGUACGUUCUUCUUCUACGAGAUUCCUGUUGAAGUGACAAUGUUUCUGGAAGCAUUCUUUCCUGCUAUUACUGGUGGAUGGGUGAUGGUUUAUCUGGGUGUAUUCAGUUACAUUAGUGAUAUAACGACUGCUGAAUCUAGAACAUUUCGUGUCGGUCUGGUCAAUCUCUGUUUGACAGCUGGAAUUCCAAUAGGAACAGCCUUGAGUGGUCUCUUAUUGAAUUUAUGGGGAUAUUAUGGUAUCUUCACAAUAUCCGCAUGUAUCUAUUUCAUAACUUUUAUUUAUGGAUACUGCUACUUGGAGUCUAAUACAAAGAAGAUUGUUGAAAAGGAAGAACCAUUCAAACUCACAAAUGUAUUUAAGUUAGUGAAGGAGACAGCUCAAGUUGCUUUUAAGAAACGGGAAGGAAAUCUCAGAAAAAAGGUUAUCAUAACAUUGUCUAUUGUAGCUAUUGUCUACGGGCCUAACCAUGGCGAGACAAUAAUCACCUACAUGUUUGUGAGAUAUCGGCUCAAAUGGGAUGCUUUAAAAUUCAGUUUCUACUCCACUUAUAGCGUCAUCACACAUUCGCUAGGUGCACUUUUCUCGAUAAGUGUUUUCAGCAAACGAUGGGGUUUUCACGACAGUGUUCUAUGCCUGAUAUCGAUAGUUAGCAAAUUGGUCGGUUCUAUCUGCAUCGCGUUCGUUAGGACGGACUUUGAUAUGUUUAUGAUACCGCUCGUUGAAAUUCUUAAUGCAACAACCUUCACGUCGCUAAGGUCAAUGGCCUCUAAGUUGGUGCGAGACGAAGAAAUGGGUAAAAUGAAUUCUCUAUUCAGCUUGGUAGAGACGCUAGCGGCGCUGCUCUUUGAUCCCACGUAUACUACUCUAUACGCACAUACAUUGACUGUAUAUACUGGGGCUGUGUAUAUGUACAGUGCAGUGUUGACUAUUCCUGCUAUUGUCAUGUUAUUGUGGAUGUUUACAAAACAUCGAAGGGAGACGAGGACUAAGCGUAGGGAAGGAAAAGACCCGGAGAAUUCACAAACAAAAUGAGUUGAAUUUUAAAGCAAUGUCGUAGUUAUCGAAAAUAGGGUGUAGUGCCUUAAAUUACUAUGAAAUUUCAGUCAAAGUUGGAUAAAAAUUUAAAGGGACAUGUUAUAUAUGCGUAACUUACAUUUUUUUAUAUGGGCGAUUAGACUAUGACCUAGACUGAUACAACCAAACCGUAAGGAGGUGAAAACAAUAGAAUCUGAUGAAGCAAUAAUGAAUUAAUGGUCAUAGUUCAAUAUAUCUGAACUAACUUAGUACAAAAUCAGCCUUAUUACAUAAAAGCAUUCCCUAUAAAUUUCUAUCAUAAAGUAAAACAAUAUAGCGGAAAGGCGAAGUUAUAAUUCAGUUUGAACAGUGCAAUACACGAUUAUUUUAUUAUAAAGGAUGAAAGCUGAGUUUAUUGUCAUAAAGCGAUCCCGGCCUAGCACUAAACUUUAAGACUUGAAGAAGCGACGAUAGGAACAACAACAAGUAUGGAAUGAUUGUUAAUGCUCUGCUCAACAGCCUUCUGUGCCUGAUACAGUUACUCACGAUUUUCCCUUCACCGUACGAGCAAGUAUUAAAUGCGCAUAUAGAAAGUCUAUUAGCCAGGGUUCGCACCUAUUACCUCAGGGGUGUGAGUCGCAAGCUGAAACCACUUGGCCAAGGUGAUCAGGCACAUUUGUUUAAAAUGAUAAAGAAGUCCUUGUGUACAUUACAUGUUAGAACAGAUUGUUAUAUUUGCUAUUGUACGUUGUGGAGUUUUGUAAUAUUUGCACUGUUGUAUUCUGUGAAUUAUGUAACCAACUUUGAAUCGGUAGGGUUCACCUUAUUGUAUGCUGUAAAAGUUUUUAGCAUUCGAAAACUGUUAAAAUAAUUAUUGUAUUCACAACAGUUGUUGAGUUCAAUCAAACUUAAAAAACCUUUAUUCAUAUAGGUAACCAAGUACAAUUAUGAACGUCAACAGAAAAUAUGUUAAAUUGAUUCUAAAUUUAAAUAUACUAUCAGUUCGCAAGUCAAGGGCGUAGAAUGGGCAAGAAGGACUGGCAAGAGACUCUACGCCACUCUCUUUAAUCGCCAAGUUUUCUGGUGCAAAUCAAUCCAUGGAUUAGAAUCAUUUAAAUAAUUGUCAAAUUUAUAAAAAGCUUUAUUGAUUAUUUUAAAUUUAACGAGAGUUUUGAAUUUAUUCAGUGAUAAUUCUCUAAUUUUGCUUG